AGAGAAGAGAUUCAUCUCUCCAACGCCAUCACCAGCCAAGCACCGGAGAUCCAUGGGAGACUCGCCGCCGGAGAACGACGGAGACACCGGAAGGAACUUCCUCGAUGAGGCAUCACGCCUUGUGGAUCUCGCACGCGAGCUGCAGGAGUCGGCGACAAGCCACAUAUCCCGCACCUGGAACGAGGAGCAGGCUCUUCGCCAGCGCGCCCUUUCGCUUGACUCUGACCUCCGGAAACUCCAGUCCGCCUUUGAUUCCGCCUCCCGGAAUCGCGCCCUUGAUCCCAAGCUUGCGGAGAAGAUCGAUGAGGAAUUGUACCGUGCGAGAUGCGUGGUUUCGGAUGGAGAUGUUGCGUCGCUUCUCCCUAGCAAAGUUCAUGGUAGAUUUUUGAAGAUGUUUCUGGGGCCUGUUAAUGUGCGAGCAACGAGGAAAGAGGUUCAACUGAAAGUUAAAGAGGAGUACAACAAUUACAGAGACAGAACUGCUUUUCUGUUUCUUCUUUUUCCAUCCAUUCUGCUUCUUUUGAGAUCUUGGAUCUGGGAUGGAUGCUUCCCAGCAUUGCCAGUUCAACUAUACCAGGCCUGGCUCCUAUUUUUAUACACAUGUUUAGCUUUGAGAGAGAACAUUUUGAGAGUAAAUGGAAGUGAUAUUCGGCCAUGGUGGAUAUACCAUCAUUAUUGUGCAAUGUUGAUGGCCCUGGUUAGUCUUUCAUGGGAGAUAAAAGGACAACCUGAUUGUACCCAAAAACAGAGGGGUGUGCAACUGUUUUUGGCAUGGGCAAUGAUGCAAGGUGUUGCGAUGCUUCUGCAAAAUAGAUAUCAACGCCAAAGGCUAUAUACUCGCAUUGCUUUGGGAAAGGCAAAGAGGAUGGAUGUUGUGUGGGGGGAGACUGCUGGUGUAGAAGGUCAGCUUUGGCUGCUGUACCCCAUCCUUUUCAUUUUGCAGGGAUUUGAAGCCUUCGUCGGAAUGUUACUACUUCGUAUUGCUUUGGUCGGUGUUGUUUCCGAGUGGCAGGUAAUAUUUUGUGGAAUCUUGCUAAUCUUGAUGGCGGUAGGCAACUUUGUGAACACUGUCCAGACCCUGAUGGCAAAAUCAAGGGUCAAAGCCAGGAUGAAGAAAACCAGAAGCAAACUAGAUCUGGAUCAGUGCAGCUCAGUGACCAGUCCAAGAUCUUGAAGACCAUCAUACUUAAUUCUAUCAUGAAGCUUGUUUUGGUACUCUUUGCAUUCUUUUUAAGUUUAUUAUAAGAAAUUUCACAGCCGUCCUUGUAGAGCAGAGCGUGUUUAUGGCUAAUUACCUUUCAUAACCAUGUAGGAUGAGUAAAUUGGUUUGCUAAUUUACCUGCCUUGCAUUCUUAUUCUAUGUAUCUUAAGACUCCACGUGAGUAAAUUUUGGUGUUUAGACUUGGUUUGAUAAUGUAUUUCCAGUGAAAA